AUGUUCGGAUUCUGGAAGACAACGACCCCAGCUAGCCAGGAUAACCAGGGCGACGUGCAGGCGGAUGAUGCAGUCCAAAAUGGCUUACAGAACGCCAGUGAUGUCUCGACGAAGAAGGAAGAGGCGCCGAAAAGCGUAGAAACCAAGACAGAACUGGAGGCUACAGCGAGUCCGACCAAUGUAGUCAACGACAGUGAAGUUGUGCUCAAUGGAGACGAGAGCCAGACCAGAUUCCCAUUUCCUCGUCCAUCGACAUCAACAGAGGUCUACGUCUCAGAAGUUCAGCUUGUCCCAUCCACAACACCCGCCGUGGACAUAACCGGCGCCUCAAUCUUGACGCCACCAUCCUCUGAACCAACAAGGAAACGGCGCAUAUCAUUUCGCUCUUUCGGAUUCUUCUACGGGAGGAAGCCACACGCGUCCGUGAUCAUCUCCCAAGACGCGGAGGGUAGUGGGACCACGGAGACAGCACCGACAAAGAUCAAGUCCAAGCGGGAGCUCAGGAAGAUUGAGAAGACGGCCUUUGUGCUACAAAGCUUUAUCCUCGGUAUGACCCCAUCAUCCCUUCCUUUCAUAUCCUCUUCGACGAAGGAGGCCCCGCCCAAAGGCAAGCAGCAGCCGGUAUUAGUGACGCCAUCAAAGCUCGGCAAAGCCAGUAAUCAGCUCCUUGCUCCGGAGAAAGCAAACAAAGUCAUUGCCAAACUUAGAACACUGCCGGUCCCCGAUGGGCCAGAGCUCCCUGGUGUAGAGUAUGCUGGAGAGCACGUCGUCUCCAAAGCAGAAGGACCUAUUCACGCAGUCUGCCUGGAUUGCACAGAGGAGGAGGCAGAUUUAUAUCACUUUUCUCGACUCACCCCCGAGUCGGAAUCCACUCCUCCCCGAGAGCAGCCGAGUAAGCAAGGAGUUACAGUUUAUGCAGACACACCAAGUAUUGCAUCUGCAAACCUCGCAUCUCUCGUGCCAGUCCUUCGCGAUAUCCAUAUUGUCACACUCGUCUCGAGCCCGGACCUUGGCUUUGGACAAUCUCCAGACAAACCAGGACCACUUGCUGGCUCAGUUCCGAGUGCAGGGGCAGUAAAUACUGGCAUGAUGGAGAUUACCAGUCAACUGCUUGCGCUUGGAUUUGCCACGAGUAAGGCCGUGUAUCCUGACCAUGCCGGUGUAUAUCCACCCACAGACAGGAUGUCCGUUUUGACCUAUUGGUGGGGAUUAGAAGUCUGCUUACCGCCGCCAACGUUGCAGUAUCUCGCUAAUGUCAAGUCGAUUCAGAAUGCCGCCCUCAAUCUGUUGACCGCUAUCUCACUCUUCAACAAUGGUGUCAGGGAAAUCUUGCCAUUUGUGCGAUACAUCUCUCAGUAUCUCGAUUUCCAAUGGGCAGCAAUCCAAAAUCAAAACAAGGGCAAGGGUGUCGUAUGUGCUGCUACCUGGGUCUGUCCGGCAGCACUUGUUCCUCGCUCAUGGGAUUUCCCGGACCCACCACCGGGACAAGCCGUGGUGAUUCCAAAGGCUUCACCACCAAUUGAUGGACCUACCAUUGCGUUCCCUGGGAGCAAAGGCGGAGGACUCUUCACCCCAAACGCACCAUCUCUUCCACCUGUCGUAAUUACGCCCGCCACGUUACCACGAGGGGCAAAGUUCCAGUUACUCAAGACUUGA